AUGCAAUACACAGCGCCAAUUGAGAAAAGACUAGUCUUUUAGUCAUCUCAAUAGAUGAUGCCAUUAAUGCAUAGAAAAGAAAACAUAUUUUCUCCUUUAAGGAUAAGCCCUUCUACUUAAUAGCAUUUUAGUCCCGCAUAACAUUAAUUUUCAAAAGGAAAUGAGUACUAGCAGAUUAGAUAGAAUACAAAUGAUCCAGAGAAGGAGAAAGAAAUAAAAGUUUUGAUUUAGCACAAUUAAAAAAUGAAGGAUCAGAUUAAUUAAUAAUCAAUCGAUUAUGAGAAUCUCAAGCACAGCUAUGAUAAGAUGUAUUAAGAUCAAUUACGAUUGAUAAAUGAGCUGGAAUAGAUAUCAAAAUUAUCGGAAUAACAAUUAAAAGAAAUUAAAAUAAAGCAAGAAGUGAUUAAAGAUUUGUAGCAUUAAUUGGAAACAUAAUGUCACUCUUAGAAUAAAAAUUAGGAUGAAACUUAAUUGCUCAGAUAGUAGUUAUAAAUAAAAGACUAAGAAAUCUUUAAAUUCAAGGCAAUAUUGGAGGAAAAGACUUUGGAAAAUCAAGAAAUAAGAAAUACUUUGAAUACUAUCAAUUAAAAAGUGUAAUUCAUGACAUAGCAAAAAGAUCAAUAAUAUUAGAUCAUAGAUAAGUUUAAUAAGGAAUUAUAGGAUGAAGUAACACAUAAGACUUAAUAAAUACACGCAACUAGCCAGAGUUUGAGUUAAUAAUAAUAAUAAGUGACUUAAUUGAAGUUUGAGGUCGAAUCAUUGAAAGUUAAAUUACAAUCUUAAUAAUAAUUGAUGCCUCUGCAAUAAUUAUAGUAGAAAUUUUUAAUGCUUUGUAUGGAAAAUGAUCGAUUACAUAGUAUAAUACAAAAGGAGUAUGAAUAAAAGAAAUAGAUGGAAUAAUAAUAAAUCAGUUAGGAAUAAGAAAUAGCUUAAUUAAAGAAUGAAUUGAAAUAGAUUUCUGAUGAGUUUUCUCAUGUCUAGUAGGGUUUAAUCUAUGAAUAAAAGAACAUGUAUUUGAUUGAGAAUUUGAAGAACUAAUUAAAUUACUAUAUAGAUGAAAAUGCUCGACUCAAUGUCAUCAUUAGGUAAUAAUCAAGAAUUUGA